AACAGCCACUGCCUUUCAAUUCCCAUUUCUAUCCACUUCCAAAAUGGUCCUUCUCGUUACUUCCGAUAAUGAACAGUUCAACGCGGACAAGGACGUCGUAGAACGCUCCGUUCUCAUCAAGAACAUGCUCGAGGAUGUUGGCGAAUCAGAUCAACCUAUCCCUCUGCCUAACGUCUCCUCCAGCGUUUUGAAGAAGGUACUCGAGUACUGCGAACAUCACCGGGGCGAACCACUCCCUUCAGCGGAUACCGAACAAAGCCAAGAUGAGACACGCAAACGGACGACCGAUAUCAGCGAGUGGGACCAGAAAUUCAUCACAGUCGACCAGGAGAUGCUUUUCGAAAUCAUCUUGGCUGCGAAUUACCUUGAUAUCAAAUCACUACUUGAUGUCGGCUGCAAAACCGUCGCGAACAUGAUUAAAGGAAAGACUCCUGAAGAGAUCCGAAAACUCUUCAACAUUGUCAAUGACUUUACGCCAGAGGAGGAGGCGCAGAUCAAGAAGGAGAACGAGUGGGCAGAGGAUCGAUGAGUAUAAUACCCUCGUAUUGCUACUAGUUGUUGUCGUUCUGUUUCUCUAUCCAUGUACAAGUAUCUUGCCGCUUGCGACCUUCUCGGUUAUCUUUACGUAAGCGUCGCAAAAGGAGCUACAGAAUAUACACCGGACUAUCAAGUACCAUAAAA